CACCGAAUGUUAGCCCUGGGACAAUCGGAUAUAUGCCAGGUUAUGUCAUCAGGGUUUGGCUGGAUAAUCUCGCCAGUAAAUACCACAUUGACGAUUUGUGGUCGGCGGUUAUGGUUUGAUAUGUGCAUAGAAUAAGGAAUUACUUUAACCCUUUAAAAGUUUCUACUGGAGAGCUCUGCCGACUCGGAGUUUGUCCCUUUUCGGGGAUGGCUGCAGACAUGAAGACAUCGGCAUCUGACAGGCAACGCCUGGAGGCUGCCUCUGUCAACAAAUGCAUUGAGGCUCUCUCGGCGGGUGGAGCCCUGCUGAAACUAAGGAAGGGUACCCUCUACAACAGGCAUUUCCGGGUGCAGGAUGGGAUGACUAUCGUCCAGGAGGGGUCCACCAAGAUGGUCUCCUCAGCGAAAAACAUUACCAUUGAUGAAAUACACGAGGUGCGCACUGGAAUGAAGACGGAGACUUUUAAUAAAAGCAAAGGCCGAGGAAAGUUUGGUCAAGUUCUGGAGAAUCAAUGCUUCUCGCUCGUCCACGGCAUCAAGCGAGAAACCCUUGACCUGGUCGCCACUAACCAAGAGGUCAGAGACAAGUGGGUGAAGGGACUCAGGGGACUGGUCGCCAAGCAGAAGAACAGCAGCAUAAGAGACUAUCAGGAUACAUGGGUCAAGGAAUUCUUCAUGAAAGCGGAUAAAAACAAUGAUGGCAGUUUGACCUUGAGGGAGAUAGAGAAGAUCCUACCGGAAAUGAAUAUUGAUAUCAAGAAAUCACACAUCAGGCAACUGUUCGACUCAGCCAAUACGGACAAAGCAUCCAAUAGGAAGGGCGAGCAAUCCCUUGAUCGCGAGGAGUUUGUGGCUUUCUGUCGAUCUCUUCAGGCCAGACCAGAAGUGGAUGCCCUCUUUGAAAUUUUCACUGAUGACGGUGAAUACAUGACCAAGGCCGACCUCACUCGCUUCCUCAAGGACGAACAAAAGGUCGACGCCAGUUUCGAGUACGUCACCGAACUGAUCAACAAGUUCGAGCCAUCGGAGAAGGCUCGAACCAGCGGCCUCCUGAGCACGGAGGGGUUCCGGCUGUUCCUUCUGGAUGAUGAUCAGCUGAUUAUGAAGCCCGAAGACAAGAAGAUGUUCCAGGAUAUGACGCAGCCUUUGACUCACUAUUUCCUCUCUUCUUCGCAUAACACGUACCUCAUGCAGGAUCAGUUGAGGGGGCCUAGCAGUACUGAAGCAUACAUCAGCGCUUUGGAGCGUGGAUGCCGGUGUGUGGAGCUCGACUGUUGGGAUGGGCCAGAUGAUGAACCCAUUGUCUACCACGGUCACACGCUGACCUCUAAGAUCCUCUUCAAGGACGUCAUACAUGCGGUCAAUGACUACGCUUUUGCUUCAUCCGAAUAUCCACUUAUACUGUCCCUUGAGAACCACUGCUCAGUGGACCAACAGCAGGUGAUGGCCAAACACAUGAAGGAAAUACUGAAAGGAAAGCUGCUAACCGAACCACUGGACAAUGGUAUUGCGUUACUUCCAUCACCGGAGCAACUCAAAGGCAAGAUACUGAUCAAGACUCACCACAUGCCCACAGCAUCUCAGUCAAAAGGUGGUACACCAAGAUCGAACCACAAGGGUAAGGCGUGGCCAGCGAAGCCAGUAGGUACCGAAGAGGACGAUGAUGGUAUCGUCAGUGACGAGGACGAGGCAGCCGAAAUAGACGCCGAGAUCGUUCAAGAACAGAAGGCGGCGGAAGAGGCGAGAAGGAAAGGUCUGAAACUGGCCCCGGAGUUGGGAAGUCUGGCCAUCUACAUGGCUUCUACCGCAUUCAAGACUUUUGAGUACUCACAACAAAACUGCAAAGCUUGGCAGAUCAGUUCCCUGGCCGAGAAGAAAUUCAACGACCUUCACGACAAUGAAGGCGACAAGUUUGCUACACACUGCAAGACAUUUCCCGUGCGAACGUUCCCUGCUGGCACCAGGACCAACUCCAGUAACUACAAUCCUUGUCCUGCCUGGGCGUGUGGCGCGCAGAUAGUUGCCUUAAACUACCAGACACCAGGGCGAGAGAUGCAACUAAACUAUGGCAAAUUCUCCAUCAACGGACAGACAGGUUAUAUACUCAAACCAGAAUUCCUUCGAAACAAGGAGAUCAAGUUUGACCCGAGAGGUCCUUUCCCCAAGGACUGGGAGAAGAGAUUGACCGUCACUGUCAUCAGUGGGUAUCAGCUGCCAAAAAUAGACAAGCGGUCAGAAGUGGUGGACCCAUUCGUCAAGAUUUCGAUAUAUGGGGUGAAUUCUGAUAAACAGGAGAAACAGACCAAAGUUAUAAAGAACAAUGGUUUCAACCCUGUUUGGAACGAGACAUUCCAGUUCACGGUCAAAUGUCCAGAGUUAGCUCUCGUCAGAUUCAGUGUCAAGGACGACGGGAAGGUCCGUGCUGACGCGGAUUUGGCCAAUUUCACAAUUCCAUUUAAUUCCAUCCAACAAGGUCACAGGCACAUUCCAUUGAAAGACGACCGAGGCAACUUCACGAAACACAGUUACCUAGCAACGCAUAUUGAAAUUGAGGAUACAGGGAAAAGCGGUGGAGUGGGAUCUCCGAGAAGUGAUAAAAUGCCAAAAAUUCAUAACUCUCUCCUACAUAAACGUUUAAAUUAUGUGAAAGCGAGUCGGACUGAUGGUUCUAUGACCACAGAGGAAACCAAGAGCAAUCGGUUAAAGAUUCAGGGCAAUCCAUACGAGGUGUUCUUCAUAGAACGUUACGAGACAACAGUGUAGCACAGACCUUUUAUUUGUUUUGCCAAAUAUUGCACAAAGUUAUUGUUUAUACAUCUUGAGGAAAUCAGGGGUUAAUGUUCGCUUCUCCGGCCCUGCACCCCCGAGAUAUUGCUCUGAAAGUGGUGAACCACCUCAUGGCCUUGAAAGUGGUACUACAUUUCUCAGCGGCCAAUGCCAAGGGUAGUCUUAGCUGGAGUUUUCAUUUGGAUUCUAAAUGGCCGAGGCGUUGUUCUACAGUGAAUGCUCUGCUGGCAGACAUAUUUUAUGCAUGUACAUGUACACUUGAACACUGGUUUAUCGUUUCUACAGUUCUGAAUAAACUGAAUAGUAGAAAUAUUGUGCAUGUUCAUAAGUUCCGAAACUGGUUCGAAAUAAUGGUUGGCCAUUAAUUUGCUGCGUCUAAUAGUUCAGAAGGAAUGCCUUCUAAAAAUAUGCCUCAUUUUUCAAAUUAUGACCACUAUGAAUCAGUUUCGUCGUCAACCAUGGAAAAUACUUGCACAAAAUGUAUGCAUUACUAUUAGCCAAGAAUUCAUCACGCAUAGCUCAAAUAUCAAAGUUUAUGAUCUCAGCUUUGUCUAUAUUGAAAUAAACCAGAUACUGGUGCCAUAGAUCAAACUAUGCUGGAAAAACCCAAAUAUACAUCAUCUUUAUAGAAGAAUAUAACCCGAGACGUGUACCUGAACACAUAUCAGACACUGUACACAUAUUCCUUGCGCUGAAACUGACCAUAUUUCUCUCUUAUUCAGUGUCAUUUUUCUUGAUACCAAAUAGCAACACAAAAUAAUAACCAGAAAUGUAUUGUCAUUUUCGUUUAUUUACAAUAUCAACAAAUACAUUCAUAGUUCAAAUGAUUAUCACAAGUACCAGUAAUUUCUUAUUCUUGCUAUUUAAUAAAGUCUAUAUUU